GUGCAGCGUGCAGGGUGCAGGGCUUGGGUUGUGGCAGCCAGUACAGGAGCAGUGGAAGCACUCAAAGACCAAGGAAUCUGCAGGUGGAAUGGGGUUCUGAGAUCAGUCCACCAACAUGCCAAGAACAACAUCAGAUCCUAUUCCCAAGCCAAGAAACUGUUCUACGACUCAUCUUCCUUGGCGAUUUCUAUGACGAUGCAGAGAUCACAGGAGGAGAAGUUGAGAAAAGUCAUGGAAUUGAACUGCUGGGGUCCUAAUAACCUAAGAUUUUAGAUUGUAAUUAUGUAAUUUAGAUUUUAGAUUAUGAGUAUGCAUCAUGUCAUCCCUUUUUCCAUGAGAAUUAAAUGACAUAAUUUCAUUUGCUCAUUGGGCAAACAUGGCGUUG